UUACAACAACAUUCUGCCAUUACCAACAUCCCAAUUCUGUGUGUUUUCCGUGCCUGCUGGAGAUCUCCGGUAAAACUAUAUUAACGUUCUAACUACUGCUCUCAAGUGGCGUCGGCCACCUUUUCCACAUUCCUCUGCGAUGGAUAAUCCACUAUUCGGCACCGCCCACAUGCUGUAUGAAGUCGAUAAAAAAUUGAUGGUUCUGCUACAUGACGGGCGAACUCUGAUCGGUUACCUGCGAAGCGUGGAUCAGUUCGCUAACCUGGUGCUACACCGCACCAUCGAACGGAUACACGUCGGCAACGAGUACGGAGAUAUUCAGCGUGGUGUGGUGAUCAUCCGCGGAGAAAACGUUGUAUUGCUGGGAGAGAUUGAUCGCGAGAAGGAAAGCAACUUGCCCCUGAGGGAAAUCUCCGUCGACGACAUACUGGAUGCACAGCGCCGGGAGCAGGAGGCCCGACAGGAGAAGCAUCGAUUGGUCGCGAAAGCCCUGAAGGAGCGAGGGUUGAACAUGAACUCGGAGAUGGCUCAGGAUGAGUUUUAGUGUUGUCCUAUUGUUUAACGCAAACCUGACUGCCGGAAUGAUGAUACAGCAUAUGUGAAGCGCUUUUUACUUUUACUUUAAAAUAUCAUCUAAAGGUCUUAAUGCA